UGGGAUCGAAAGGGUUUUCCCUCCACUGGAGUGAGCAUCCCUUUCGGUGCUUUGGAAUCCGUGGCCAAGGGAAAACGAUCCUUCGGAAUGGCCAUCUACGAUAUGUACCAAUCCACAAAGGAACCGGUGAUUGGAAUGUAUCUCACCUUGAGACCUGCUCUCCUAAUCCGAGAUGCUCAACUGGCUCACAAUGUGUUGGUCAAGGACUUUGCCAGUUUCCAUGAUCGAGGUAUUUAUGUGGAUGAGAAGAACGAUCCCAUGUCGGCGAGCCUGUUCCAGCUGCAAGGAGCUAGCUGGAGGGCCCUACGAAUUAAGCUGACGCCCUCUUUUACCUCCGGAAAAUUGAAGGCUAUGUUCGCGACCUCCGAUUCUGUGGGGGAUAAGUUAGUAGCCAGCAUGAAGGCACAACUACCUGAAACGGGCAGCAAGGAGUUGGAACUCAAAAAGUUAAUGGCAACCUAUGCCAUCGAUAUUAUUGCCACGACCAUUUUUGGCCUUGAUAUUGACAGUUUUGCAGAUCCCAACAAUGAAUUCCAGGCUAUUAGCAAAAAGCUGAAUCGUAAGCAUUUCGAAGAUAUUAUUCGUGGAGCUGCUAGUUUCCUCUUUCCCGGCCUUGAGAAGUUCUUCGUGCAAAUCGGCUGGAAACAGGAGGCCACUGAAAGGAUGCGUCGUUUGUCCCACAGAACCGUCGAUCUCCGAGAGGAGAACAAUAUAGAGCGUAAGGAUUUGCUGCAACUCCUUUUGCAACUCCGCAAUCAGGGAAAGAUCAACACUGAUGAUUCCGUUUGGUCAGCGGAGAGUACUAAGAAUGGUGUGAAAUCAAUGUCAAAGGAUGUGAUUGCCGGCCAGCUACUCCUGUUCUACAUUGCGGGCUAUGAGACGACCGCCUCUACAGCCGCCUUCACUCUGUACGAGCUCACCCAAAACCCAGAGGUGAUGGAAAAGGCCAAGGAGGAUGUGCGUAGGGCCAUCGAAAAGCACGGCGGAAAGCUGACCUACGAUGCCAUCUCGGACAUGAAGUACCUGGAGGCCUGUGUUCUCGAGACUGCCCGCAAAUACCCGGCUCUUCCAUUGCUAAACAGAAUUUGCACUCAGGACUAUCCUGUACCCCAUAGCAAACUAGUGAUCCGAAAGGGCACACCAGUUAUAAUCUCCGUUAUCGGAAUGCAUCGCGAUGCCGAGUACUUCCCCGAUCCGCUUAGCUAUCAACCAGAACGCUAUCUGGAGGAUAACAAAAACUUCAACCAAGCGGCCUACAUGCCUUUUGGCGAGGGGCCCAGGAUGUGCAUCGGCGCACGCAUGGGAAAGGUGAAUGUGAAGAUAGCGAUUGCCAAGGUUUUGUCUAAUUUCGAUCUGGAGAUCCGCAAGGAAAAGAGUGAGAUUGAGUUCGGAGUCAAUGGAGUGCCGUUGAUGCCAAAAUCAGGUGUUCCUGUGCGUCUUUCUCUGAAAAAGUAGUCCUCAAGAUGACGUUCUUAAUCCCACAAUAAAACUUAGUAAAUCCUUUAAUAAAUCUGCAUUGUUAGUUAAUAAAUAUUUGGUGGUGGAGUCAUAGACUUUUUAAAACGACUUUAAAAUAAAUAUCUACAUCGUAUUACUGGCGUGU